AUGGAGAAGCAAAGCAGGUACGCCCAUGUAAUUAGCUUCGGUUACCAAUACCAAAGACUUCCCACGGGAUGCUGCCAGUCCACUGACUAUGCUCAACGAAGUAUGGAAGAUGUCCUUCAUGACAUCGAGGAAGUCGAAGUUGGAUGCCUGGCAGAGUCCUGGCAGCAACACAUAAAACACUUGGACUGCAUCCUGCCAUGCCUCCAAGCAAACAACUUUACCAUCAAUCCACUCAAGUGUGAAUGGGCAGUCCAAGAGACAGAUUUUCUUGGCUUGUGGUUGACACCAACCGGAAUCAAACCUUGGAAAAAGAAAAUUGACACAAUCUUGGAAUUGGAAAGGCCAACAAACCUUAGAGAAUUGCGCUCUUUCGUAGGAGCAGUAAACUUUUAUAAAGACACGUAUCCACAACAAUCACAUAUGCUUGAUCCAUUGCAUAGAUUGACAAGUAUAACAAACUCCAAGAAGUUUGAGUGGCUCCCAGAGCACACCAAAGCUUUUGAACAAAUGAAAGCAAAACUAGCCCGCUUUCACAUGAGACAGAUGCAUGAAGCCAUCUGGGAGCCCGAGAUAAAACCCCCUUUGGCGCCAAAGAGGGGAGCGCCUUCGAGAUGA